AUGACGGACGGGAGGAAGAUCAAACGGAAGGGGAAGCCGCCCCUACUAAGGCACUCCAAACUGAGGAAGCUCUUUUACAUUAGGAUGUACCUACAGAGGAAGCAUCGCGAAGCUCGUGCCACUCGCCGCCAAACUGAUGGUAACUCUGCUGGAGGAGCUGCCUCCCCCCCAGUGACGUUCGAAGAACUGGGGGUGGAAGACUGGCUAGUUAAAAUAAGUAAAACGGUUCAAAUCAGCCACCCAACGAAGAUACAGCAGUUGUGCUUGCCCCUCAUAAUGAGGGGACACAACGUGAUUGGGACGUCGGAGACAGGAACGGGAAAAACCAUCUGUUACUGUUGGGGCAUUUUGCAGGAGUUAAAUAAAAACCCUUUUGGAGUCUUCGCCUUAGUGUUGCUCCCCACGAGGGAGCUGGUGGUUCAAGUGGUGGAGCAGUUCCUUCUGUACGGGCACAAGAUAGGCAUAAAAAUCAUCUCGUGCAUUGGGGGGUCCUCCCUGAUUGAGCAGCGGAGGGGAGUGUUGGCCAAGCCGCACGUGGUCGUGGGUACCCCCGGGCGAACCAGCGACGUCAUGGACAAUUGCGAGGACGUUAGGAGCUGCUUCAGGAGGCUCCGCUUCCUCGUUCUGGACGAAGCGGACUUGCUGCUGCGCAGUUGCUAUGAGGCGAAGCUGGAGGGAAUUCUCCGCGGGGUUCGCGGGGGGGGGAGCGGUGAAACUAGCGGCCCCGUUGGCGGGGCAGUUGGUGGGCGAAGGACCCUGCUCUUCAGCUCGACCAUCACGGACUCGCUCGAACUGCUGGCCAACUCCUUCCCCCAGGAGGACCUACUCCUCGUAAACGUCAACCGGAAACAGAAGCCACUGAAAAAUUUAGACCAGCGGUACGUCUACGUGGACGAGAUCGCCCAGAUGACCUAUUUGGUGUAUCUCCUGCGGAAGAAGUUACCUGACCAGUCAGGCAUUAUUUUUACAGAUAACAGCUACAGAUGUGAAUUGGUCUACACAGUGCUGAGCAUGCUGGGGGGGUUCUCCGUAGAGUCUAUCCACUCGUCAAAGGAACCUAAAAAAAGGCUAGCUGCUCUGUCGAAAAUAAAAAACGGAGGGUGUAACAUUUUGGUAGCAACAGACAUAAUCAGCAGAGGUAUUGACAUCCCCAAAACUUCCUUUGUUAUAAAUUUUGAUUUUCCUAAUGAUUCUAUUUUGUAUGUGCACCGGGUUGGUAGAACGGCCAGAGCUAAUAGGAAAGGGGUGGCCAUCUCCUUCGUGGACAAGCGAGAUGUUAACUCGUUUAAUAGCGUCAUGCAGACGAUGAGGGGCGCGUUGAAGCCGUGGCGCUUGAGGAGGAGGGAGGUCCUCCAGGAUAUGUUCCACGUGGGCCGCGUGCUCAAGAAGGCCGAGCUGCUGCUGGAGGAGAGGGCGGACGCCCGCCGCGACCACCGGCGGGUGCAGCGCUUCGUGCACCGCGCGGUGUGA